CAGCAUAACGAGCAGAUUAUGACACCUUUAAAAUUUGUAUUGAUUCUCUACUUGCUCACAUUUUGUUUUUCUGAAGGGCAAAACAUUGAUGACCCAUGUACAUCAGCGACAAUUUUGUAUUCCCUGAAACAAAGAGUGAUUGGAUAUACACUUUCGGCGAAUGAGACGUUUCUCUGCGACUAUUAUAUGAAGGAAGGAUGGUAUAGCAUGGGAAGUUAUGCAAUUGCGUCUUCAGAAAAGCCAUGUGGAACGGUGUUCAAUAUGUACAUGCCAGGAGCACUUCCUAAAGAUGAUAUAAUAUCAGAAAUGAGUGUGUGUUUAAAAGGAGUAAAUGGCACUAUUUGUUCCAAAACAAUCAAAGUGAAAAGAUGCGAAGAGAAGAGAUAUGUUUUUGAUCUUUUUGCGCCAGAUGGCUGCCCUGAAGCAUAUUGUAUCGAGGCUGUUGAAAUGUCAGGCACAACUAAUACAGAAGGAAUGACAGAGACUGCGGGUGUGUCAAACAAAACUAAUAUCACAGAAGGGACGACAAGACCUGUGGGCCUAUCAAACACAACUGAUAUCACAGAUAGAACGACAGAGGCUGUGGGCAUGUCAAACAAAACUGAUAUCAUAGAAGGAACGACAAAGGGCAUGUCAAACAUAACUGGAACGACAGAGAUGGCAACCAGGAGUGAAAAAGAUCACCUAGUAUCUACUCCGCCGCCAGAAGAUUGGAUUAUUGCUAACGUGAGCGCAGUGGCCUUAUUGUUUGUUAUUGUCGGGUUUUUUCUUUACUAUCGCAGAAAUAAAAACCAAUGCUACACUGUUUUGAAAAGACAAUCAACUGUUACUCCGGACGAUGAUACGAUCUACGAAAUAGUCACAUAUUAAGCAAUUGAAAGAAGGGCACUUGUUAAAAAGAUGUGUUAACAAUAUAGCAUUUUUAUGGUUUAGUGACAAUUAUUGGUUUUAAUAUCCUGUUCAGUUACCUUGUUAUAUUAUGUAUAUUUAGUAAAUACAAAAAUGGAUAAAAAAGAGUUUAGUUUCAUAUCUUAUAAAAUAUUAUAUUAGUUAAAUACAUAUGCAUAAAUAUGAAAUGACCAAUGAAGAUAGGUUAUAUAAAUUUAUGUAAAUAAAUAUCAUCAACGAAAUAAACGAAAAAUGUGGAAACAAAGAAAAAGACAAAAAAAUACCGGAAAAGUCUAU